AUGGCGGCUUUGCCUGAUGAACCUGAUGAUAUGGACGACGUCGAAACCCAAACGUUCAAGGAAAUCUGGGAUCUAGCUACGAAGUACAUCAUUCUGGUUUUUGAUGUUCUCACCAAACUAGCAACUGCUGUCGUCAACAGCGACCUAAACUGGACAUCCCCCAUGGCCUUCAGCGAUGAGGACAUGUCUAGCACCCUGUCCGUCUCAACCAAUGCUCUCUGGUCAACGCUAAGAUCCUGUGAGAAUGGGACUAUCAUCAAUGCAGCCACCGAACCCAAUGCUAUUGCUGUUCGCCAUUGCCCUCACAAGGUUGUAUACUAUGAAUCGGGAUAG